CACAUGUUUUGUUAGUCAGACAAGACAGAAUUGACUACAAUACAUUAUUGUCUCUCGAUAAUCCCUGCCUUUUAUUGAAAACGUCGGGAUUCACGACGUCAAUGGCUUGAUGCUCGAAUACUUAGCUUGAACGUAGAUACAUACUUGACGUGGUACCAAUCAGCGGGUAGAUCCGAAUGAACCUCGAAGUCGGUACUUCCUAACUUACCAAUCCCAUAAUUUGGGUAACGGGUAACUGCUACCUGCUGUAGCUGUUAACAUCCCAUUCCUUACUUCGAACUUGCAUUGCAGCCAAGCCAUGUGAAAUCUUAACCUAGCUGCUUUAGUCGAGACGAAAAGGUCAAUCUUAACUUCCGUCCAAUCCUCCAAGACCUUGUUUACCACUGAUUCGGUCAUGUCAAAUACAAUAAAAUGGACAGUCGUAUGCCCCAGCCACGACAUAUCGUGAUCAUAGGGGGUGGUGUCAUCGGCACAACAACAGCAUACUAUCUAACCCGACAUCCCUCCUACAACACCGCCAUCCACCACAUCACGCUCCUCGAAGCCACCUCGCUAGCGGCUGCCGCAUCGGGGAAAGCGGGCGGACUUCUAGGUCUCUGGGCCUAUCCGUCAUGUCUAGUCCCGCUCUCCUACCACCUCCACGCCGAGCUAGCAGCCGAGCACAACGGCGCCGAAAGAUGGGGAUACAGGCGCCUCGGGUGCGGACAGCUCACGGCCUCCGUUAGGAAGAAGGUCGCGCGCGGGUCUGCCCAGGCUAAGAGAAAGAGCAGAAGCAGUCUCGGCGUCGCUAAACAAGAGGAGCAGGAGGACGAUGACGACGAAAAGGACCAAAAGGACGGCAACGGCGACGGCGAAGGCCAGGUAGAGUGGCAGAAGCUGCCCAAGCAAGACGAGAAGGCUCGCUCCCUGCUCCGCGACUCCGUGCUGCCGAAGGACCUCGACUGGAUUAACGGCAGCCUGGUGCGCGACUACGCGGAGAUGGGGCUGCCCGGCUUCACCGAGACGGCGCAGGUGCACCCGUACCAGUUCACGACGUCGAUGGCGGCGCUCGCGCGCCAGGGCGGCACCGAGAUCCGCGUCGGCGCCAAGGUGACCGGGAUCGGGCUGAACAAGUCCUCGAGGGCAGUCGACAGCGUAUCCUUCGUCGACCGCGCGACAGGCCAGACAUCGACGCUCCCGGGCGUGACGGACGUCGUGGUGGCGGCGGGCCCGUGGACGGGGACGCUGUGGCCGCGGACCAAAGUCGAGGGCCUGCGCGCGCACAGCGUCGUGUUCGCCGCCGACGUCAGCCCCUACGCCGUCUUCACCGACAUCAGCCUGCCUCCGGACUGGGUGCCCGCGCACCGGGCCGCGCGCGGCGAGACGCGGCGCCGCCACCGCGGCAACGUCGACCCGGAGAUCUACGCGCGGCCCGGCGGCGAGGUGUACGCGUGCGGGGAGCCGGACGCGAGCGCGCCUUUGCCCGAGACGGCGGACCUCGUGCAGUGCGACGACGCCCAGUGCGAUGACCUCGUCGCGUACGUCGGCGCCGUGAGCCCUGUGCUCGGCGCCGCCGGCGUCGCCGCCCGCCAGGCCUGUUACCUGCCGCGGCACGUGCGGUUCGGGAAGGAGAGCGCGCCGCUCGUCGGCCGCACCGCCGUGGACGGGCUGUGGGUCGCCUCCGGGCACACGUGCUGGGGCAUACAGAACGGGCCGGCGACCGGGAAGCUUAUGGCGGAGUUCAUCUUCGAUGGCGAGGCGAGGAGCGCCGAUGUGGCGGAGCUGGAUCCGAGGAGGUACAAGGUCUGAGUGGUGGUGGUGUAAGGGAACGAACGGAAGGGCAUAGAAGGGCGGGGAAAAGAAGGGGAA